CAAACCACGGGUGGGGCUCCUCAGAACUUCUUGGGCAGGCCCGCCCCUGCCCUCCCGCAAUGCUCAGGCCCUCUGGCCCCACAGACACACCUUCUCUCACCACCAUGGAGUUCGACCUGUCGACGGCCCUGGAGUCUAACUCCAAGAAGCCCCAGGGGGCGUGCCAGGUGGGAGACCCCAAGCACAGCCCCCACAAAGUUCAGGGCGGGUCAGCUGACUACCUGAAGCAUCACCACGGCCAUGGCCGCGGCCAAGGGAGCUCCUCAGAUUCCAGCAGCAGCUCCAGCGACUCAGAAAAUGAGACGAAGCCCGGCGCUGCCGGCUCGGAGCUGCACAAAACCGCCCCGGGCAAGGUCAAGAAGCCCAAGGUGAAAAAGGAGAAGAAGAAGAAGGAGGGAAAGAAGAAGGAGGCUUCCCACUGACGGGCCCGGGCGGGGCUCAUUAAAACUUCUCUCGGCCUAAGGGUUGCCUUCUGGUU